AUGAUUUCUCUAUCUAGAUUCUUGAGUUUAUUUGAAAAUCUCGAGCAACUAUGGCAUCUGGAUUAUCGGGUAGGAGUAGAGAUUCGGGUUCCAAAUCGUUCGAUUUCGAGUCGGAUGAUAUUCUUUGUUCAUAUGAAGAUUUCAGCAAUCAGGAUGGGGAAUAAUGGAAAUCACCCCGAGCCGUCUUUCGGAAAUAAUUUGACCAAGAUCAUAUCUCGGUUUCUAGACACCUUCUCUGUUUUUCUUCGAGCUUCGGCGGUGGGUUGGAGUUGGGAUGGAAGUGCAAUCGACGGGUUAAAGGUGCAACAAGUAAAGCCUGAUGUGCUUCUUGGUUUGUCAGCUGUUGGAGGCUUGUUCUCUAAAGAGAAAAAAGAGCUGGAAGCUGAACUUGUCAAUGUCACUGGGACUGCAGAGCCGAUUCGCAAAAUAAGGUUGACAGUUCCGUCAUGGAAUAGAUAUGAUGCAGAACAUCAAGGCUGUAAAUGUAUUUUGGUUUGUAGAGGUUCUAAUGUGUAUAUAGUGGCAUCAUCAUACUUUCUUUUCAUGAUUCAGCAAAGAAGCAGAAGAUUCCGAUAUGUUUCAUCUUGCCAUCUGCUUCGUCUUCUCUAA